CUUCUCACUCCUUUCCCGCCCCGGAAAGCCAGACACGGCACCGCUGUUGGCCCCCAAUUGAGGCUUUUGGUUAGUCAAAGUCUGUAAAUUAUACGAAAGAUACUAUCCGCUACGCAAUAUCUUUACUCGUCCGUAUAUCAAAAAUUGCAGGCUUCGCUUAGCGCGUUACAUGAGACGGCAUAAGCCGGAGUCCGGCUCUGGGUCCUUCGCCUGCCUGCAGGUAUAGGGGUCCAGAGUUCCAGGAGUUGGAUAGUCAAUAGUGAGCCAGCAUCUACCCGAAUUCAUCAGAAGACCCAAUUUUCAGCGUGAUGUGCAAUUGCCGACCGCCACAGUCAUUGCUGUCGGCAGGAGCCAUGGUACGGCUUGCUUGCCGCUCGAUGUGGCUUCAUUCCAAAUCCAUGUUGAUCUGCGCUGGGAGACGGGAUAGCAGCAGCUUCGACUGCAAGAGCGUCGGAACCAGGAACGCCCCAGUUAAUGCUAGCGCAAGUUCGCUUUGUAGGCUACUUCCCGAUGGUUGCCAAAGAUAUCUUGUGACGGCUCGCGAGACAGGCAGUUGUCUGUCACGAGGAUCGACGGCGCUCGAUCAAGGAUUGAAUUUUGUGUCUUCCCGGCUCGCUGUCUCCAUCCUCGCCUCCCCUUGCUUCCAAGACGGUCGGAAAUUUAUGACAUUUGAGAUCUGCGCAUGGGAUCGCCUAUCCUUGCGGGGUGAUCUAUUCUUAUUCCUCUGGGGUUGGUGGUUUGUUCGUCAAUGUGUCCGGACAGUUCAAGCAAGGGCAUGGGAUUACUCCGAAGACAACCAAUAUUCAUCAGGAACAGAGACAAUCGCACCAACCUUGAAAGAUUGUCAUAAGUCCCAUGAGAUCCCUGGAGGAACUGGUCUACUCAGUAGUAACGGAAAAGCGAGGCUCGUGCGCGCUGAAACCGAUGAGCUGGUGGUCAGCAAUGCAGCAGUGAGCGGGUGGAAAGAAUGGGGCUAGUUGUUGCAACUUGCAACAGAGCCAAGUGGUAAGUUAGUGUAAUGGAUUAAUGAAUAAUGG